AUGAAGCGAUUAAUGACCUCCUUCAAACGCAGCAACAGCAGCAGCCGCCGCUCCCCGACCCCCGACCACCCCGCCCCCAACCCCAACGACCCCCCCGAAACCGCCAUCCUCAAAUCCCUCGCCCUCUUCAUCACCUCCGGCGGCCCCUCCUCCCCCGCAGGCUCCGAAGUCCUGCACCUCCCCGCCAUCGUCGACAUCGCCGAGUCCUCGCCCACCGCCUGCGCCGCCGCCGCUGCCGCCCUCCGCAAGCACCUCGACCCCAAACACAAUGCCACGCACCCACACAAGCAGUACAACGCCAUCAUGAUCAUGCGCAUCCUCAGCGACAACCCCGGCCCCACCUUUACGCGCAACCUUGCCGACCCAAAGUUCACCGCCGCCGUCAAGGACCUCCUCCGCCGCGGCAUGGACCCCAGCGUGCGCCAGAUCCUCGGCGAGACGCUCGAGUACUGGGAGGGCGCCAAGAGCGCGGACGAGGGCCUGGCGCCACUGCGCGAGAUCUGGCGCAAGGAGAAGCGCUCAUUGAACUAUGCGGCGUCGCUGGCCCACGGCGGCGACGCCGCUGUCCCGAAUGCCCCGGAGACGCAUCGCUCAUCGCGUCCCCGCCACCAGAGCGGCCACGACAGCUACCAGGGCCACCAGGGCCUGCCAAGCAUGCUGGAGCUUACAGCGCGCAUCUCGGAGGCGCGCACGUCCGCGUCGCUGCUCGAGCAGGUCCUGCAAUCUACGCCGCCCGCAGAGGUAUCCACCAACGAGCUCGUCAAGGAGUUUGCGGACCGCUGCCGCACGGCGACGAGGUCGAUCGUGAAUUAUAUUCAGGCGACGGAGGACGAAGACACUAUGACGACGCUGAUCGAGACGAAUGAUCUGUUGGGAUUGGCGCUGGAGCGGUAUACUGCGCUGGCCACGGCAGCGCCGACGCCGACGCCAGCGCCGGUGCCGGAGCAGGCGAGGAUCGUGGAUGUGGGUGGGGAUGAUCCAUGGAGUGCGUAUGCGGCGGAACAUGCGGACCGGGCGGAGGACGUGCCGGCGAGGACGGGGAGUGCGGCGGCGGGCGCGGGUGGGAAUCAGGUGAGGAGGAGGACGCCGCCGCCGCCGCCGAGGGCGGAGAGUCCGGUGUCGCCGAUUAGUCCGGACCCGCCGGUAAAUUACCGCUAUUAA